AUGGCGAUUCGAUGUCUCAAGCGCGCCGUCAUCCCCACCACCAAAUCCCUGGCCGCCAUCUUCGCUCAAUCCUACACCACAGCCGCCUCUUCAUCUGGCGUCCUCAGCAGGCCCUCUUUUGUCCUCCGCCUCCGUCCUCUCGCCGGCGCCGCCGCUUGCACCUUCCAUCCUCGCCUUCUUGCUCCGGCAAUAUCUACUAGGGGGUUCGCGACUCGACAGACAGCGUCGUCUCUGAACGAUCAGAACCCGAACUGGUCGAAUCGUCCCCCGAAGGAGACAAUUUUGCUCGAUGGUUGCGAUUUCGAGCACUGGCUGGUGGUCAUGGACCCGCCCCCGGAGAACGCGACGCGGGACGAAAUCAUUGAUAAAUACAUCAAGACUCUUGCUUUGGUCGUUGGGAGUGAAGAAGAAGCUAGGAUGAAGAUUUAUUCAGUCUCUACUAGGUGUUACUUUGCCUUCGGAGCUCUUGUGUCGGAAGAGUUGUCUCUCAAGCUAAAAGAACUUGAUGGUGUACGCUGGGUGCUUCCGGAUUCUUACUUGGAUGUGAAGAAUAAAGAUUAUGGAGGCGAGCCAUUCAUCAAUGGCCAGGCUGUGCCAUACGAAUCCAAAUACCACGAGGAGUGGAUCCGAAACAACAGUCGGGCCAAUGAGAGGAACAGACGCAAUGAUAGGCCCCGCAACUUUGACAGGUCACGGAACUUCGAGAGGAGAAGGGACAAUCUAAACAGCGGUGGCCCACAGAACUAUAAUAAUGUUCGUCCACCACCACCACCACCACCACCAAAUGCUUCCAAUGCUGGUGGUAUGAAUGCCGGACAGGGAAACUAUCCGCCUCCAAACAGUAACCCAGUAAACUACCCGCCAAGGGGACCACCGCCGUCUGACAACAACGCACCUAACUAUCAUUACAGGUCUAACAGUGGGCCCCCUGGUGGCAUGGCUCCUGGUAUGGGGCCUGGUCAGGGCCAGAAUCAGAAUAAUGCGUAUGUGCCUCAAAAUGUGGGUGGUGGGAGCCAUUAUCAAUCCCAGAAUGCUCCCCCUCACCCCCAGAAUAAUGCGUAUAGUCAGGGACAGAAUUCUGGUGGUUUUGGGCAUAAUGGAGGAUAUGGGACUGGGCCUGGGACGAAUCAGAACAGUUACGGUCAGAAUCCCAACGGCUAUGGUCAGCCGCACGGGCAGGGGCAGAAUCAUGGUGGCUAUGGGAAUAAUCCUCCCCGAGACUAUGGGAAUCCUCCUCCCCAAAACCAGAAUGUUCCUGGGAGAGACUAUGGGAAUAAUACUCCCCAGAACCAGAAUGUUCCUGGGAGAGACUAUGUAAAUGGAGUAUGA